AUGGCGGCCAAAACCCUAAUCAGGUCUGGAGCUUCGUUGAUGAAUCGGUUUCUGACAAAGCCGACGACGAAUGUUGUUCAGAACAAUCUCAGAUCGUUUCAGCAGAUAGCUCCACAGGGACAAGAACUCCCGCCGUAUUUUUUCCCGUCGUUGUCGAAUCUACAGAGCUCGCUCAAUUCGCGCCCUAACGACACUGUUUCGCUCAAGGAACUCUCCGAACGUGGGUUUCUCUACCCUUCUGGUCUUCCUUCGCUCGAGUUCUUCUUACCAGAAGUUGAUCCUUCAACUGAGCCAUUGCUUCUAUUUCCUAAGAGGACAUUCCAACCAAGCACUAUCAGGCGCAAACGGAACCAUGGAUUCUUUGCUCGCAAGGCAACCAAGGGUGGGCGGAGAGUCAUAGCUCGGAGAGUAGCCAAAGGGCGCCACAGAGUCACGGCCUAG